AUGAAGCUUAGUGAAUAUGUUGGAAAGAACUACUUGUGCUCUGAGUGGAAGCAAGAGUUGAUUACAUUUUCCCAGUUUCUUGAAAGGAUUCAGUCAAGUGACACUAGUUCUGGUCCAACAUAUUUGGCUCAGCAUCCAUUGUUUGAUCAGGCAUGCAUCACUUGCUUGUAUGGGAGAGAAGGUGCAGCCUUAGGGCUUGCCUCAACCCCAGCAAAGCAACAUCAUCUAGGUGUCGCCUAG